UUUUGGGCUGAAACUGGUUCGUAUCUGAGCCGGCUACUGCACCAUUGGCUCACUCGGCCAUUCCAUUUGGCUGGCGGUUUAUUCACCAUCUUGAGCAGUUAUCUGAUUAAUGGAACUCUACAUUUAGAUUAUGGAAACUCUGGCGAUAAGUCUCGGCCCGAAGGCGACGUAGCCAUCUAUACGACAGAGAGUUCUGCUUCCGUCGUCUCUACUGGCUCCUCACUAGCCGAGACUUUUAGCAUCACCCAACAACUUAGGGCCGCCGACGAGCCCCUCGUACCUCGGUAUUUAGGGCCGUCAGAAGUCUGGCUAGAGGGUGCUUUCCGUAGGGCCUGGCUGUUUGAUAUACUCAUCGGUGUCUGCUUUUUCUUCUCACUUGCAAUGUUUCAUUUUCAUCAAGAUAUUGUUAACCUCCUGGAACCCUGCUCAUUCCUGUCCUGGCUUGUGUGGGCACAAGGCAGCAACGCUUGGAACGAGGAAUCAGGCGCUAAUUUGGCUGCAUCAGGCUGGCACUUCCGACUUUCCUGGCCGAACGGACCCCCACCUUCUUAA